AUGACUCUUGCAGCUACAAGCGUUCCAGACCUCAGCACCACAGCUUUAUAUGGAUAUCAAAACCAAACCAAUGUCACACAAUGUCCUGAACACGGCUGGGAUUGGCUCACUGCCAGCCAGCCAGUGUAUAUCCUGAUCCUCACCGUGCUGGGAGUUGUGCUGAACGUAUUUGUCCUGAUGGUGUUCUGUCUCCACAAGAAGCCCUGCACCGUGGCUGAGAUCUACCUGAGCAACCUGGCAGCUGCUGACCUCCUCCUGUUGUCCUGUCUGCCCUUCUGGGCCAUCAAUCUAGCCAAUGAUUUCGAAUGGCCAUUUGGUCUGUUCAUGUGCAAAGUUGUCAACCUGGGCAUUCAGAUGAACGUCUACUCUAGCAUUUACUUCCUUGUUCUGGUGAGCAUAGAUCGCUAUCUGGCACUGGUACAUCCGUUGUCCCAUGGUAGAAUGCGCAGGCCCAAGUAUGCCAAGCUGGGCUGUCUGCUGAUUUGGAGUUUCGGAAUAAUCAUGGGUGUCCCAACAAUCGCCUUCCGCAAGGUGAAAUAUUUCCCUGAGUAUGAUGUAAAUGCCUGCUAUCUGGAAUACCCAAACUACACCACGGAAAUGCUCUGUGAGAGGAUGUUGAUAAUUUUUAGCUUCGUCUUCCCAAUUUGCAUUAUCUCAUUCUGCACUUUCAAGAUUAUUCAGACUUUAAGAGUCCAAAGUGUGGAAAGGUUCAGUGCUGAGAAAACAGAGCAGAAGGCUACCACUUUGAUACUGGCCGUCCUCCUUGCCUUCCUCAUCUGCUGGGUCCCGUUCCACCUGGUCACCGUGCUGGACCUGCUCCUAAGAGAGGAGGUCCUGGGAGGUUGUCACUUUUCGAACGUCCUGGACAUUUUGCACCAGAUCUCCACCUACCUGGCCUUUUUCAAUAGUGUCCUCAACCCCAUCCUGUAUGUCAUCGUAGGAAAGAACUUCAGGAAAAAAGUUGGAGAAGUCUUCAAGCAGUGGAACAUCAGGAGGAGAGCUACCAUGGAGUCCACAAGCUCCCACCUGUCCUGUACUCUGAAGCAUGUGAGAUAA